AUGGCCUCUGGGCUGGACACAAAAGGAUAUUUUGACCAGAAUGAGGCAGACAAUGACCAGGAUGACAUUCAGAUUGGGAGAUUCAAUGGCAGAGAAGAGCCUCCAAGGCUGGAGCACUGUGCACCAUGGGUAUAUCAGCACAAGCCAGGGUACUGGGAGGAAGAGACAAUGGGGCACUCUGAAACUAAAGAAUUCUACAACCAUGCACUGAAGAAAAUGCUUCAGAUCUACAAUCUAAGUGAAGCUGUCUGCAAUGGCCAUGAUCACAUUGUACUGAAUGAGGACCGGGAUGCUUGGACUGCAGUUGGCAAGGGAGCUGAGACCCUGAGGCAAGAGUGGGAAAAGUCAGGUUUGGCAGAAUCUGUGAAGACUUUACCGGAGUGUAAAAGUGUGCAGCUUCUCCUGGCAAUGUUGCAGCAUGGGAGGGAAACUUUCCAAAGAAUAAAGUACCCCCAAAAACAUGUGACCCAUAAGAUCAGAGCUGACUGGAAUAUCACUCUAAGAUGCUGGGCCCUGGACUUCUACCCUGCUGAAAUCACCCUGACCUGGCAGAGGGAUGGGAGCAACCAGAAACAGGACAUGGAGAUGAUGGACACCAGGCCUGCAGGGGAUGGGACCUUCCAGAAGUGGGCAGCUGUGGUGGUGCCUUCUGGAGAGGAGCAGAGAUACACAUGUCAUGUGGAUCAUGAGGGCCUGCCUGAGCCCAUCACCCUGAGAUGGGAGCCUCCUCAGCCCUCUGUCCCCAUCAUGCCAAUUGUUACUGGCCUGGUUCUUGGAGCUGUGCUUAUGGGAGCCGUGGUGACUUUUCUGAUAUGGAAGAGGAGGACUAAAGGCAAGGAAAGGGCAGGGUCUGAGUUCAAGUCUCCCUGGGAAUAUCAAGUCCAGCUGAGAUACCUCAGCCCUAUUCCUUCAAUAAACACGUUUCACCAGAAUAUGGUCAAAAAGUCCCGGAUACUCUCAGGUCCUUUUCCAGUGUCUGUGCUGGUCUUUCGUCUUGGCAGUCAGCCUGUUCAGGCUUGA